AUGGAUAACAAUCCAAAAAGUCGGGUUGUUUCAACUAAUGUUUCUUUGAGUGCAGAGUACGAUCUUGUAAAGAAAGUCAUGGAAGAUCUUCAGGCAGACAAGGAAAUCAAGUCCAAGCAACUUGAAAUGCUUUAUGUUGUUGUUGAAUAUAAACUUGGCUUGAAUGUUGAAGCUGAAUUCGAUCAGAUUGGAAUCCGAAGAGCUAAGGCUCGAAGGAUUGAACGAUCUUCAAGUGAUAAAGUUGAUGAUUCUAUUCCUGACAUCUCUCUAUUCAACCUCAUCGAUACGCCAGUGAAUGUAUCGUAUAGUAAAGAAGAAAAUGCAAGGCUUAUAAAGGUUGAACGUCGCCGUCUGAAUGCAAAGAAAUAUAAGAAAGAUAAAAAGGACGAUGAAGAGGAUUCUGAUGAUGUGUUUCAAGACAUUGAUGAUUAUCAUUAUAGUGGUGACGACAAUGACGAUGAUGAUGAUGAUGGUCAAGGUGGAAAUGGUGGUGCAUUGAUUGUGAGACCUUCAGGUGGUCAUCAAGUACUUGAUUAUCUUGAUGAUUCACGAAAUGAAGAACGUGAGGGUGUUCAUCCUUAG